AUGGAAAAGUACGGCGCUGAAAAUAUGGAGCGAAUUAGACUCGCAGAGCUCCAUAUCAAGCAGCAACUCAGCCUCGGACAGGAUGCUUUCGGAGGGUUUCAAAGGGGCGGAGGUUCAGGCUCCGUCGCGGGCUCCGUCGCUGGCUCUACCGCGACUUGGGCGACUGGCCAGCCAGCCAACCACAUUGACCCAAGGGCUGGAAGUCGCAGUGUAGCCGGAAGCCAAGCCGGUUCGCACUGGAGAAACAAUAUGGCCGAAAGUGUUGCCGGUAGCGUGUCCAGCAGCCAACAUAUGCCGACUGGAUACGGAGGCAUACCGGUCUCCAGUGGACGCUUGCAAGCCACACAAGGAAGCGUCGGGCUCAAUGGUGGAGACCAAAUCGAGGCCUACUGGCCCAACAUCAAACCCACGUUCACAUCCGACGCAGCCCUUCUAGACUAUACCAUUCCUUGUCCCCGGUGCGCGAUUUCGAUGAGCGCCGCGGAGGCCGGCACCCAGCACCGUUGCAUGAUCCUCUGCUGCGGUCACAUGAUGUGCGAUGGCUGCAUCACCCGCAUCGCAACCAACGAGAAACAGUGUCCGUACUGCGCGCUGCCUGUAGGCAAGUACAUCGAUUGCGCCGGGAGCUGCAAGAACCCGGGCAUGAUUGGCCUGGGCUUGCCUAGCAAUAUGGGCGAACUCAGGAGGUUCCCGCGUACCACUACCGAAGGAGGUUCACUGCCUGGUUGCUGUUCCAAGUGCCGCAUCCUUCGAAUUGAGAGAGAUACCAAGAAGAUGGUUCGACACAUCCUCAACGACGCCAAGGCUCGGUCGGUCUGGAACCCAUCCAACGAUCACAAGCCUGACACCAAGGAUUACAGCGAUUAUGUCAGGGUCCCUGAGUUGGAUCGAUUCCUGGCCGUGCUCAGAGACACCGUCCACAGUGCCGAGAUUCAUAAGCAGUACACGUGGCUGCAGCCAGACCACUGUAACAACUACUCGCAGGUCUGGGCCGAGAAGCGGGAUUACACCCGCCCUCGUCCUGGCCAAGGCUGA